AUGGAUUCAUCCAACAGCACUUCCCAUGGCGAUGAAGAUAUGAAUAACGGUCAGGCUCAUUCUUCAAGUUUCUCUAACAAAUCAAAUAGUCGGCAUUCAUCUUCGUCUGAUCAUUCUUCAUCCCGUUCACGAUUCCACUCAAGAUCGCGAUCAGCCUCGCCCGCAUCAAGCUCACUUUCUAAGAAAUCAAAAUCACGUUCAUAUUCCCGUUCUAGAUCUAGAAGUUUUUCUAAUUUUGAUGAGGACAGAGAUAGUGGGAAUAGUGAUAAUCCUCGACGGAGAAAGAAUCGUCACAGAUUGGUCAGAAGGUCCCGCUCGACUAGUUUUACUCGUAUUCCCAGCAAAGAAAAUGUUAAUUCGGCAACAUCGAGUGGUUCAAAGUCGCGAUCUUCAGCAUCUUCGUAUCGCUCUUCUCGCUCAAAUUCCAGUCGUUCUCGAUCUCGAUCUCGUUCUCGAUCCAUAUCUCCUUGUCCUUCUGCGACGUCCAUCAAGUCAUUCAAUAAAAGAGAUCCUAGAGAUAAGUCAAAGCGUGUCAAGUGGGAUAAUGAAGUAUUUAAAAUUUUUUGA